AUGACAAGUGGAUGUUGUAGCGAAGGUCCAAAGAUAGUGCACAUUGAAACACGGUACGUGGAGACCGACGCUAUAAACUUCAGAAACGUAGUUCAGUGCCUCACAGGGAAGAACUCGUCCAUGUCUUGGGUAGGAAAUGGUAGUUCUGGUUCACCCUUCGCUGAAGGUUCAGAUAAUAAAGGAGGAACUUCACAUGAUGGUUUCAGUGCCAAGCCAGAGUAUGAUGUCACCACUGAUGGUAAAAAGAAUAGUCUUAUAUCUUCCAUGUCACUCAAGAACAUGACCUUCAAAGACUUUGAUGGAUUUUUGUCUGAUUUGGCUUCCAUGGAGGAGCUACUCUGGUUAUAG